ACGUCAAAAGUAAAAAUUUAUCGUCUGCUUGAACGUGAAUUCAUUUCCAAAGGGCGUGAAAAAAGUGUGUUCUUUUAAAACUAGUUAAUAAACUAUUGACAAUAAAUUAUUAGAAAUUAAGAUUAUUAAAGGAAACGUUAAACAAGUGUAAUUAAUAAUUAAUCAUGCAAGAUCCAAACGAAGACACUGAAUGGAAUGAUAUUCUUAGACGGAAAGGAAUUAUUCCCGAAAAGAAGAAAGAUGCGGAAAUAACGGAAGAUCAAAUAGUUAAUAUUUUAGAAUCGACAAUAGAUCAAAAAACAGGACGUGAAAUUACAAAUUUGGAGGAUAAAACAUUAGAUGAACUUGAUGAACUCGAAGAUGAGGAAGACGAAAGAGUUUUACAAGAAUAUCGACGAAAAAGAAUAGCAGAAAUGCAGGAAUUGGCCAAUAAAUCAAAAUAUGGUGAAGUUAGAGAAAUUUCAGCUCAAGAUUAUGUUCAAGAAGUUAAUAAAGCUGGAGAAAAUAUUUGCGUUGUUUUACAUUUGUAUAAAUCAGGAAUUCCUCUCUGUACGUUAAUUAAUCAACAUUUGGCAUCAUUAGCGAGAAAGUUUCCUACGACAAAAUUUUUAAAAAGUAUUUCCACUACUUGCAUACCAAAUUGGCCCGAUAGCAAUCUACCAACAAUAUUUAUUUACGCAAAUGGAGAAAUGAAAAAACAAAUUAUUGGACCAAUCGAAUUACGGGGAAUGAAACUAACAGAAGAUGAAUUAGAAUGGAUGCUUGGACAAUCAGAAGCGAUUCCUACUAAAAUAAAAAAUGAUCCAAAACCAAAAGUACGAGAUGUUCUUUUCUCAAAAUUAAAUGAACAUAAUAACGAUCUUGCUGAUACGAAUGACUGGUGAUUAAACAUAUAUUUUAUAUAAUAUGUAUUCAAUAUUUAUUAGGAGAAAAAUUGUUUCAAAAAGGAACAAUUUUUGUCGAGAUGACAUUAAAAUUUUAUUAACGCAAUUGCACAAGAUUGCUUCCAUUUUAUGAAAAUACCAACGGAACAAAUAAUUUAAUUCUACUUAUAUGAAGCAUCUGUUAAUUUUAUUGUAUAACAAAUUUAUUAUUCAUUUAUAUUAAAACGGGAUUUAUAUGUGUAUAUUAACUAUUGAAAUAAUUGUAAUGAAAUUGUAUUUAAAAUGAAUGCGUGGAAAAAGAUAUUUGUAAAAACAAAGUGUGAAAGCAUUUAAUUUUAACACUUUUUCUAUGAAAAAUAUCAAUAAAAUUUAUUAGCACUUUAAAAA